GACGCCGAUCUUAUCCUAUCUUAUCUUACUCGGGUUAGGACAAACCGCUGAGGCUUUUACCAUCCACGUGUAGAACUUAUCUCUGUGGAGGACAUCAGCUGGCACUAAAGGCUUAAAAAUGACUGGAAGCCUGCUCCUAAUUAUCGCGGCAUUGUUAAAUACCAUCCACGCUGCGAGUGUACCGACCAAACACGGUCCACCUGUCCGUGUCCCAACGGUUGCCGCUGGUAGCACCGGUCUCCCUGUCCCAACGGUUGCCGCUGGAAGCACAGGUCCACCUGUACCUGUACCAACGGUUGCCGCUGGAAGCACAGGUCCACCUCUCCGUGUCCCAACGGUUGCCGCUGGAAGCACAGGUCCACCUGUCCGUGUCCCAACGGUUGCCGCUGGAAGCACAGAUUCCACUGUCGCAGCUUCAUCUGUAGCAGUCGGGGACCCAAACUGCAAAGACAGCAUCCCCAACUGCGACUCCUACAGCCAUGCGUCCUGUACUGGCCCCUACGAGUCGUGGGCUAAGUCCCACUGUCAAGCCUUCUGUGGCUUCUGUAUACCCAUCACCUCCCCGUUUGUGUGUGCCGACAAGGUGCGCUGCAAGGAGUAUGGCGCCGACCUCUGCUCCAACCCCGACUACGUGGGCUUCGUGGAGAAGAACUGCGUCAAGUACUGCCACCUGUGUCCAGGAGAUGUCACCACCACGCCGAUUCCUAAAACAGGAUGUUUCGACGACUUUGAGCGGUGUGACGAGUUUGGCAAGGGCACCUGUACAAAGUACCCCAACUGGUCGCAACUCUACUGCUCCAAAUACUGUGGCAUCUGUAAGACCACGGGCGAGACAGAUGGUGUGACGGUUGCCGUGACAACUGCGCCAGCUUCCACUACAGUUCAAGAUCUUGAUUGUUUUGACCGGAGGGACUGUUCAGGCUACGACAUCAAGACAUCUUGUUGUGGCUCCUACGAGGCUUUUUCCAGAUACAACUGUGCCAGACACUGCCGAUUCUGUGCCCCUAAGGUGACCCCCGCCCCUCUCUGCACGGACACUGACCCCUUAUGCAACAGCUACAACUCCGACAUGUGCACCAACCCCGAGUACGACGGCUUCGCCCAUCAACACUGCGCGGGAUAUUGCAAGAUUUGCGAGCGCCCGGUGUACCUACCUGAAUGCGCCAGGGGAAACACAACCACAGGCUCAGUUUCCGGUCAAACAGAGCCUCCGACGUCGCCACAGUCGACACCAACGACGACCCCAGCGCCCGGAACGAGAUGCUCCCAGGACGGGAAGUUCUACAGUCAGGGUGAUAGUUGGUACACCGUAGACUGCUACAAGAGCUGCUCCUGUGUCGACCCGAAAACCAACGACAUACAAUGUGGACCCCUCAGGUGCCCGAAGUGGGAGUCGAACUGCGAGGUUGUGCUGGUCCCAGGUGCCUGCUGCCCUAUCCUCAGGUGUAACUACUUCAACACUAUACACGGAGAGAGAACCCAAGAUGGCCAAACAUUGAUAGGGAAAUAGCGUGUAUGUCAUACCAGUAAUAAACUGAUGCAUUGAA